AUGCCCACCAACCACCCCGCGGAGCCGACAGCAGAAGAUGGCCCAAGGCACCAGAGCCCCCGCAGCCGCCUCUUUCCCCCAAAUAAAACACCAGUCAGUCGAGCGUGGAGACUCGAGGGGCAGCUGGGUGACCGCCGCCAUCUUAUAACCGUGAGCCGGGCUGAGCGGCUGCCGCUGGGCGGGAAGGAGGAGAAAGGCGGAGGGCGGGAAGAGGCGGGGGCGGGGGCGCAGGGGGCGCGGGGAGGGCCUGCGCUGCCGACUGGAGGGGGCCUGGGCCGCCUCAAAUACUGGCCCCAGCGGGGCUUAGCUGAGCCUGAGAGGACUGGGGGAAGGACGCAGGCUUGCGGGGCGGGUGAAGGGGGCGGAGAGAAUGGGAAGUUGCCUGGGCAACGGCUUCACCCGCGUGUCACUAGUGUGACGUCACCGUGGGUGCCUGACGUCAUUGGAGGAGUGCCUUCGCGCCAUCUUCAGGAAGAGGACACAAAGCCAAUGGGCAGAUCUGGGGCCACCAGCAGGAAGAUGCUAGAGACCCUACGAUGGGUCGGGGUCGGAGUGCAACGCAACCAUGAGAUGGCCUUCCAAGGCAUGCUUCGGAAACUGGACAUCAAAAACGAAGAUGAUGUCAAAUCUUUGUCUCGAGUGAUGGUCCAUGUUUUCAGUGAUGGAGUAACAAAUUGGGGCAGGAUUGUGACUCUAAUUUCUUUUGGUGCCUUUGUGGCCAAACACUUGAAGAGCAUAAACCAAGAAAGCUGCAUCGAACCUUUAGCAGAAAGUAUCACAGAUGUUCUCAUAAGGACAAAAUGGGACUGGCUGGUCAAACAAAGAGGCUGGGAUGGGUUUGUGGAGUUUUUACAUGUAGAGGACCUAGAAGGCGGCAUCAGAAAUGUGCUGCUGGCUUUUGCAAGUGUUGCUGGAGUAGGAGCUGGUUUGGCAUAUUUAAUAAGAUAGCCUUGUAAGUGCAAUAGUUGACUCUUAACCAACUCCAGCCACCAAAACUUCUGUGAAAUCAAAUGUAUUUAUGAAGUUGGACUUCAAGCUGCCCAGGCUGUA